CCACAUGGCCGACUUCACUAAACCGAAACAUUUGGGGUCCUUUCUCUUCACGUGUGCGUCUGCUGCUCCUGCAUCGUGAGAGGACACCAUGCCGAAGUCAAAGAGAGACAAGAAAAUUUCGUUAACGAAAACAGCCAAGAAGGGACUGCAGUCGAAACAGAAAUUAAUCGAGGAGUUACGGAAAUGUGUGGACACGUACAGAAACUUGUUCAUAUUCUCCGUGGCAAACAUGAGGAAUAACAAACUGAAAGAUAUCAGGACUGCGUGGAAACACAGCAGGUUCUUUUUCGGCAAAAAUAAAGUCAUGGCGGUUGCCCUGGGGAAACGAGAAACUGACGAAUACAAAGAUAACUUGCACAAGGUCAGCAAGUAUCUACAAGGAGAAGUGGGGCUGCUAUUCACUAAUAAAACCAAGGAAGAGGUGCAAGAGUAUUUUGAUAAUUUCAAAGAGCUGGAUUAUGCAAGGGCAGGCAACCGUGCACAGAUGGACACCACUCUGGAUGAGGGACCCCUUGAACAGUUCCCUCACUCGAUGGAGCCCCAGUUGAGACAACUAGGACUUCCGACUGCUCUCAAGAAAGGAGUGGUGACACUGCUGAAGGAGCAUGCGGUCUGUAAGGAAGGAGACAUGCUUACUCCUGAGCAGGCUCGUAUUCUGAAACUCUUCGGCAUCGAGAUGGCAGAAUUCAAGGUACAGAUCAAAUGUAUGUGGAACUCUGAAACGGGCGAGUUUGAGAACGUUGCUGGUGGGGAAGAGCCCAUGCAGGACAAUGAAGACGACGACGAAGAUGAUGAUGCAGAGUGAAACAUCUGCAAGGGCAGAUGUGUUUUUUUGCCGGCCUUCAACGGCAGAAGGACAUUUGUGUGGAAACCUUUCCCCCCGACUGCCAGUGCUGCCCUGGACUCGAUCAUCCCACUUACAAUAGAGCUGGACUGAGUUGUUCAGUAACUGGUGGUCAAAGAAUCAUAUGUCACUUGUUGAUACACAAUGAUGGUUUUGCAUGCAAGUAUUUCCAUUCAGCCAAACUGAAUUGCCACAACCUGUUUUAAGUGUACAUGGGGGGGAAACAAAGUAAGAAAAUUGAUCGAAUUUUUUAUGUAACAGUAAAUGCAGCCAGACUCUCUAAAAAAUAUGUUCAAAGUUUUAUUUUGUACAUUAAUAAUGAAGUGCUGUUGACAUUAA